AUGCCGUCUGGGCCGGAGGAACAGAGGAGGUGCCGUCCCUGCAGCUACGCAUGGAGGAACGGAGGAGGUGCCACGCAUGGAGGAACGGAGGAGGUGCCGUCCCUGCAGCCACGCAUGGAGGAACGGAGGAGGUGCCGUCCCUGCAGCCACGCAUGGAGGAACGGAGGAGCUCUGUCUGCAGGGAAGGUGUCUGACGUCCGCGCCGCGAGGAAACGGCAGCAGCUGAACAACCUGGUCGCCAUGGUGACGGAGCUGGCCGGGCCGGGGGACACAGUGGAGGAUUUCUGCAGCGGAGGGGGCCACGUCGGGAUCAUUCUGGCUCACACGCUGCCCGACUGCCAGGUAAUCCUGAUAGAGAACAAGGAGGAGUCUCUGGUUAGGGGGAAGGUGAGGAGUGCUGAACUGGGCCUGACCAACAUAGGCUUCAUCCAGGCCAACCUGGACUACUUCACUGGACCCUUCCACAUAGGGGUGGCCCUCCAUGCGUGUGGCGUUGUGACAGACAUGGUGGUAGAGCAGUGUAUCCAGGCGGGAGCGACCUUCGUGGUCAGCCCCUGCUGCUACGGCUUCGUCCAGAACACACUGAGGUUCACCUUCCCCAGGAGCAAAAGGUUUCUGGAGACACUGAGUUACAAGGUAGGUUCAAUUCAUUUCAAAUGAGGGUUAGAUUUCCC